AUGAGCCCACCAACUCCCAAGAUUCCAGUUCCCAUUCCCAUUCCCAUUCCCACCAAAACCAACCACGCAGCACGCAACGUCACGACCAAUUUCUCCCCCGCGCCACUCACCAUGCUUCCGCCCUCCCCACUGGCAACCCCACCGUCUAGGCGCGCCUCACCGACACCGGUAGAGUUGAUACAAUCGCUGCCCUGGAGCAGAACGGCGUCUGCAGCGAAAGUGAUAUCUGCGCACUAUUUUUUCCCAUCUGUAUCAGCCCCACCACCCAGACUCGUAAUCUCUUACGCAGAAAAAGACCGUUCCGUCCCGCCCCAAAAAAAAACAAAAACAAAUGAACGUCUCAAAAACUCACAUUGUACAGCGCGUCGCCUUCAUCGGUCACCUGCACGAUCUGCAUGCUUGCGUUCUCAUUCCCGCCACGACCUCAAGGUCCGCGGGGAGGGGGAUCUGGGGGAGACAGAGCAGGCCGGCGCCGGUGUGGUUGAAGUCGGCGACGAGGGUGGUGGUGAAUUCGGUGCUGGUGCUGGCGUUGACGCCGGGGCCGAGGCCUAG